AUUUUAUAUUCAACUCAUUUUUGAAUUUUGACACACUUAUAUUCAAUUGAAAUUUAUAUAAAUAAGGUGUAUAAAGUCAUGAUGUAGACAAGCGUAUAUACACAAGGAAACUUGGCGUUCAAGCAGCCUUUUUCCUAUAUGUAGACCCCACUCUUGACUCCUACAUUUCUUUUCUUUAUCCUAUCACUUAUGUCCCUUCCCUUUGCUUCAUUCUCCUUCUCUUUCUCUCUAUCUGCAACUCUAAUCACACUUCAAUCAUGCACUAGAAGAGAUAAAGUUUUGUUUUUAUGUUGAUAGAAUUGGAGAAUCUCAAUUAAAGAUAUCAUCAUGACAUGGUGCAAUGACUCAAAUGAUCAAGAUAGAGGCAUUGAACUAAUCACAUCCAACCAAAAUACUCUUAUCACUGAUGAAUCAAAAUCAACCCAAACUCGAACCUUAAGUUGUCCCUCAUGUGGUCAUAACAUUGAAUUUCAAGAUCAGGGUGGAAUCAAUGAUUUGCCAGGAUUACCAGCUGGAGUGAAGUUCGAUCCGAAUGAUCAAGAGAUACUGCAUCAUUUGGAAGCAAAGAUUCUGUUUGAUGUCCCCAAACUCCAUCCUCUUAUUGAUGAGUUCAUACCAACGCUUGAAGGCGAAAACGGAAUCUGUUACACUCAUCCAGAAAAGUUACCAGGUGUAAGAAAAGAUGGACAGAUUCGGCACUUCUUUCACAGGCCAUCAAAAGCAUACACAACAGGAACAAGGAAAAGAAGAAAGGUUCAAACAGAUGAAGAAGGAAGUGAGACAAGAUGGCACAAAACAGGAAAAACCAGACCAGUUUUUAUUGGGGGUGCUAUCAAAGGUUUCAAAAAGAUACUAGUACUCUACACUAACUAUGGAAGACAAAAGAAGCCUGAGAAGACUAAUUGGGUGAUGCAUCAAUACCAUAUUGGUAGUAAUGAAGAAGAGAAAGAUGGUGAAUUAGUUGUUUCAAAAGUCUUUUACCAAACUCAACCUCGACAAUGUGGUGCUAAUAAUAGUUCCAACAUUAUUAUAAAGGAUGCUUAUGAAAAUAGAAUGAUGAUGACUCAAGGGAAUGUGCAAGAUGAUAAUGAAGCUCCUACUAUGGAUUACUACAAUCCCCCUUUCAUAAACUAUGACCAUGUUGGCCAUAACUUGGAACCACAGUUUAAUCCAAACUUGGUUAUGCAAGGUGAUGGUUCUUCUUUUAUUCGAUUAGCAAUGGAUGCAAACAAAGCAAGGUUGGACAGAAAUUAGCUAUGUGAUAUGAAAAACUUCCUGGGUAGAGGAUUAUUAAUGUAUAGUGGUGACAAUGACUACAUAGAUUUUGAUGGUUUUUAUUAUUAUUGUUGUUAUUAUAUAUAUAACAUUAUAUUUAUUCUA